AUGCCACACUCAGGCAAUAAACUGGUACCCAUCGGGUGCAACAUGAACGAUGCCGCCUACCCGUUUCGGGGGGAGCAUCGUCUCGCGAGCUGCAUCAAUCAUGGCCACAGUGGCGUCGUCAAGAGGAUCCCGACAUCGAUUGCGAUGCGCAUCAGCGGAUCCAACUUAGUAAUCGAGGAGGUGAAGACGCCAAAGGGGGUUGAGUUAGAGUGCGAGCUGGGCGUUGACGGCGGCAUCGCGCGACCGGUGUCGCUGCAGCAGGCCUCUGCCUUCAUGGUGCCCGGCGAUGGCCACGACUAUAACCUCAUUGCCACUGUGAAGGCCAGCGGCAACCCGAUGAAGCACUACUGCAAGCUCACCUUUAAUGGCAGCGAGGGCAUGAGUGUGCUGCGUGUGCGCGCGCCGGAGGGCUGCAGCCCAGAUGCGGUGUACAUUGUUGCGGACGGCCGUCGGCUACGACCCACGGCGGGGUGGUUCCGCAUUCCCAUCCAGACGAAGGAGUGCGCUCUGGUCGUAAAUCUCCCGCUCGACGGCGCGCCGCCGCCGCUUCCUCCUCCCUUUUCAUUCACUGCUACCCCGCCGCUGCCGCCGGCGACCAGUGACGGACUUGCUGAGAAGACGCUGGAGGCGGCCGCAGGGGUGCCGUGGACUGCAGGGAGCGUGCCUGAAUUGGAGACGCGCAUUCAUCCCCCUCUCAUUCCUAACGUGGGAGCGGUCACCCUCACGGAACCCAUUGCUGCCGCGAUGCCGAGCUUUGUCGCGACUGCGCCCGGCUUCAGCCUUCAGCUGACCGGCGAAAACGGCAGCUCGGCGUUUGGCGUCGGUGUCGCCGCACUGCCGCUGACCCACCGCCGAGCGCAGACGGUUCAGAUCGUGGUAAGCGAUGCGGAGGGGCGGGUGUUGCUGCGGCAGCGAUCGCAUGUGCCGUCGCUGGAGCCUGCGGCAGUCUGUCUGGCGUUGAAAGACGACGGCAAGGGUGGACUUGCCCUGAGCGCGAAUCCCGGCAGCAAGAUUACACUCGGUGGCGUGCCGCAGGCAGAUCCUUCAGCCGUGGCUGUCUUGCCGCGCGUUGUGCCCCAACGGGUGGCUGUGGAGCAGCCAAAUGCAGACGGCUCUGUCUCGAAAACAACCCUGGACGUGGCACCGACGUCGGGGCCCGCCGCCGUCUCUGUAGCCGUGUCGAAGCAGCCGCAGCCGCAGCCGCAGACACAGGCGCUGCCAGAGGCCUGGGUGAAGGAGCUCUCUGAGGCGCUGCAAAACUCGAAUCCGGAGGAGCAGCGCCGCCUUGUACAGAGCAUUUAUCCCUCGUCGAUUCCUGGCAUGACGAUUGUGAAUUUUGUGCGCGAUCAGCUCACCCGCCAACCACCCGCCAUCUCCUUCACCGUCUCUAGCAACGGCUUGGAGGCGGUGCAGUGCCCCGGCUGCUCGGUCACUGCCGCCGUCGGCAACGAUCCUGCGCGCCAGAUUCCGGCCUUCGGGUCGGUGGCGUUGGCGUCAGGAAAGUCGGCUCUGCUGAUGGCGACGAGUACGCUAACGCACCGCGCCGUAUCUUCAUGCCGAGUGCAAAUGGCGCUGUCGAGCGCCGUGGCCCUCACCAGUCCGACGGUUUCGGCAUACCCGCCGCACGCAGUGGCAGGGCCACUCAUUCAAGCUGGUUCCUCGGCAGACGAAAAGGCGGAUUCCGACGUGGUGAGCCGUCUUGUGGACUGCCUGUUGCGCCACAACCUGAGCGCGUCGCUGGUCGCCAAAGAACUCGACAGCAUGUCGACGGCCCUGUUCUCCGCGCAGGGGCGCCGCAUGCUCUCGCUCCUGACAAGCUGCCUACGCAGCGCUACUGCGAGCGGUGCGGCCGCUGCGAUGCAGGCUGCCAGCACUCAGGCCGCCGCGGUCGCCCACGCGGCACCGGAGGAGAUCUUCUUCACGUGUGGGCCGGGCUACGUGGACAACAUCUACACGACUCAACCGCAAUACGAGCUGUUUGGCGCCGUAGACGACAAGGCGCCGCAGGCGGUGCCGCAGCGCGGCCGGAUACCUGCGCAGGGCACCCUCGACGGUGAGCACAAACCCUUCUUCAUCCGCAUCACCGCGCGCGACCCGACAACAGGGACUGUCAAGGUGGAGAAGACGGUCACGAUGCUCGGUGUUGGGCACGAAGCGAGGCCGAUGCCCGCCGCUGAGACGCUGCCAGAGACAUUUGCUGAGGAGCCGUUGCACCGGUUAGGCGCGGCAGCUGCCGGGGCACCUGCUUUCAUCCCAGAACAGGAGCCGCCCACCGUCAGCGUGGUAGCUGCGAUUCCAUACAUGGACGUGUCGCUGCAAGCAGUGGGCCAGGACGUCCAGGCGCGCAUCCUGUGUCAUCCGCAUCUCCGCAUCGUGUGCGACGUAGACGGCGUUGGCGGUAACACGGGCCGCUCCGACUUUGUGGCCAAGAUGCCGGCCUCCCGCUUCCACCAGGUCAACUUCAGCCUCAUAGAUCUGCAUGGCCGCGUGGUGUUCCAGCAGAAGCUCGGCGUUCCAGCCAUGAUAUCGCCUCUUUGGGGUCUGGCGUUGCAGCACAACGGCCUCGCCGUAGAUCCUGAGGUGGGCGCCAUUGUGACGGCGUCGAUCGACAGAGCGCUGGAGCGAACGCUGCAGGGCAACUUUGUCUCCUUCGACGCGAGUGCGCCGCACUUUGUGCACCUGCGCAAGUACCACGACGGUAUUCAUGGCGGCACCGCGGGUGAAGUGUCGCUGCGCCUCCCUGGCCUGACCCUGCCAGCGGAGCUGGAGGAGGUGACGCGUAUUAUGCGUCGUCGUGCCCACGGCGAAGCCAGCGAUUCGCAGACCAAGGCGGAGCUGGAGCAGCUGCGCGCUCGCUGCACCGCGGCUUCCGUUGUGGAGCUGAUUUCCAGCAUCCUCGAUGGUUGGCCUGCGCCAGUGAGCGCGGAUGGGCGCCCCUCCGGUCGCGACAGCCCAUCAAGCCGCAUCUUCUUCCGUUUGACUGGGACGGAUUGA